AUGGGUAUCCCCAAAUUCUUCCGCUGGCUGUCAGAGCGAUAUCCGCUCAUCAACCAGGACAUUAAGGCUGGUACAAUAUUUCCUGAGUUUGAUAAUCUCUACUUGGACAUGAACGGGAUCAUUCAUCCAUGUACGCACGGAAACGACGGCGAAGUGGUGAGGAUGACGGAGAACGACAUGUUCGUGGCCAUAGGAAAGUUUGUGGAUGAGCUCAUGAAGGUGGUGAGGCCACAGAGAUUGCUGUUUCUUGCUGUAGAUGGCUGUGCUCCUCGCGCAAAGAUGAACCAACAAAGGCAGAGAAGGUUUCGUGCUGCGUCUGAACUGUCAAAGUCACUUAUGAAUGCAAGAGAACGAGGGGAAGAAAUUCCGCAGGAUCCUUUCGACUCGAAUUGCAUUACGCCAGGAACACAAUUUAUGGCCCGUCUGACAAACUUCCUCAACUAUUUCAUUCAGUCAAAGAUCAAGGACGACCCGAUAUGGGCCAAAGCAAAGAUUAUUCUGUCUGGAGCUGAAGUGCCUGGUGAAGGUGAACAUAAGAUUAUGGAAUACAUCCGUCGAGAGAAAAGUCAAGAAAGUUGGCCUUCAAACCUUCGUCACUGUAUUUUCGGGAAUGAUGCCGACUUGAUUAUGCUCUCUCUCGCGACUCACGAGCCGCACUUUGCGCUCUUAAGGGAAACAUAUGAUGCCCAACAAGGCGGAGAUAGAGGAGAAGAACCGAUCCAAAGGUUUUCAGCUCCUUCAUAUUGGAAUCCUGCGUGA